CGCGUGCGUCAGGUGGCCGGCACGCUCAUCAUCCGCGAGGCGCGCGUCGCCGACUCCGGCAAGUACCUGUGCGAGGUCAACAACACCGUCGGUGGCGAGAGCGUCGAGACUGUGCUCACCGUCACGGCGCCACUGUCGUCCAGCAUCACGCCGCAGUCCCAGGUGGUCGACUUCGGCAAGCCGGCCCAGUUCACCUGCGCCUACAAGGGCAACCCCGUCAAGACCGUGUACUGGAUGAAGGACGGCGUCAAACUAGAUACGCACGAGCCGACGCUGUCCAUCAGUAGCGUGACCAAGGCCGACAAGGGCAUGUACCAGUGCUUCGUGACGAACGACCAGGAGAGCGCACAGGCUACCGCGGAGCUCAGGCUGGGCGGCAAAUUCGACCCGCCGGCGCUGGUCGAGGUGUUCGAGGCCAAGCAGCUGAAGCCGGGUCCGUCCAUCCACCUCAAGUGCGCCGCCACCGGCGACCCCACCCCCGAGAUCACCUGGUUCGUGGACGAGACCAAGAUGAGCAGCCGGGACCGAUUCCAGGUGGGCCAGACGGUGCGGUCGUCAGGCACGGUCGUCUCCUAUCUGAACGUCACCAACAUCCUCACCAACGACGGCGGACUCUUCAAAUGCGAAGCCACAUCCAAGGUGGGGUCGGUGGCGCACCAGGCUCGUAUCGACGUCCGCGGCGUGCCCUACGUCAAGCCGAUGAAGAAGAUGUCUGUGGUGGCGGGCCAGACGCUGAUGAAGACCUGUCCCGUGGCCGGCCACCCCAUCGACAGCAUCACCUGGGAGAUGAACGGCCGGGUGCUGCCCAGCAACGCGCGCCAGAAGGUACACCCCAACGGCACCCUGUUCGUGGAGAAUGUGCAGCGGCUGUCCGACCAGGGCACCUACACGUGCGUGGCGCGCAACUCGCGCGGCUACAUGGCCAGAGCCAACCUGGAGGUGCUCGUCAUGGAGGCUCCGGAGAUCGUGCCGUUCGCCAUGGAGGCGCCCCUGAGCACGGGCAGGGACGCAGCGCUCACCUGCAGCGUUUACAAGGGCGACACUCCCAUGACCAUUGCAUGGAGCUUCAAUGGCAAGCCUCUGACGAGCGCCAUGGGAGUGCAGAUUGUGACGGCCGGCUCCCGGACUAGUUUGAUGUCGAUCGAGUCAGUGGGCGCGGCUCAUAGUGGGCUGUACACGUGCACAGCCUCGAACGCGGUCGGCGAGGCGUCACACUCGGCACGGCUCGUCGUCAAGGUGCCCCCGCGCUGGAUCAUCGAGCCCACCGAGAAGGAGUUCGCUCUGGGCACCACGGCCGAGAUCCAGUGCAAGGCGGACGGCUUCCCCAAGCCGCAGAUGGUCUGGAAAAAGGCGGCCGGCUCGCGACCGGAGGACUACCGCGACCUCGGCCAGUCGGACAGCAACAUCCAGGUGCGCGACGACGGCACGCUGGUGAUCAGCAGCAUCCAGAAGCGCGACGAGGGCUACUACCUGUGCGAGGCCGACAACCAGAUUGGGCCCACCCUCUCGGCCGUCAUCUAUGUCAACGUUCAGGCGCCGCCGCACUUCGAGAUCAAGCUGCGCAACCAGACGGCGCGUCUGGGCGACUCGGCCGUGCUGGUGUGCGAGGCCAAGGGCGAGCGGCCGAUCAGCAUCACCUGGAGCCGGGACGGCGUGCCGCUGAGCGCGCGCGAGCCGUCGCCGCGCUACACCAUCCGGCAGCAGGCCACCGACGGCGGCGCCGGCUCCGACCUCAGCCUGCAGGAGACCAGCCGCCGCGACUCGGCCACCUACACCUGCCGCGCCUCCAACGCCUUCGGCACCGACAACACCACCAUCAACCUGAUCGUGCAGGAGAAGCCGGAGGUGCCGUUCUCCAUCAAGGUGCAGAACAAGUCGGGCCGCACGGUGGAGCUCUCUUGGACGGCCCCGUACGACGGCAACUCUGAGAUCUCCCGCUACAUCAUCGAAUACAAGCUGGCCAAAAACGAGUGGGACACCCGCAGCAUGGAGCGCGUGCUGAUCCCGGGCAAGAUGCCGGUGGUGUCCGUGCAGGACCUGCGGCCGGCCACUACCUAUCAGAUGCGCAUCAUCGCUGAAAACGAGGUGGGCACGUCCGAGCCCUCCGAGCUGGUGACCAUCAUGACGUCAGAGGAGGCCCCGGCCGGCCCGCCCACGGACGUGGUGGUGGCCCCGCUCGACCGCGGUCUGCUGGUCACCUGGAAACAGCCCGAACAGCACCUGCUGAACGGCGAGGUCACGGGCUACUACGUGGGUCACCGGCUGGCCGACAGCGAUGACAGCUUGUCCUUCCAGACGUUCGAGUUCACCAGCGAGGCCAGCCGCAAACACGAAAUCCGCAUCACUAAACUCGAGGAGUUCCGCGAGUACGCGGUGGUGGUGCAGGCGUUCAACGGCCAGGGCUCGGGACCCCAGUCGGGCGAGGUGCGCCAGUUCACGGCCGAAGGCGCGCCCUCGGAGCCGCCUCAGGCCAUCACCUGCCGCACGCUCACCUCCGACUCGAUCCGCGCCAGCUGGACGCCGCCGCCGGCCGACUCCACCAACGGCAUCGUGGCGGGCUACAAGGUCAUGUACGGCCCCAGCAGCACCUGGUACGACGACAGCACGAUUGACAUGGCCAAGUCGACGUCGACCGAGGCGCUGCUCACCGGUCUGCGCAAGUUCACCGAGUACAACAUCACCGUGCUGGCGUACACGGGCGGCGGCGACGGGCCCCGUAGCCGCUCCGCCAUCUGCCGCACCGAGGAAGACGUGCCCGAGCCGCCGGCGGACAUCAAGGCGCUGCCCAUGUCGCCCGACAGCAUUCUCGUCAGCUGGCGCGAGCCGGCCCAGCCCAACGGCGUCAUCAAGCGCUACACUGUCUACUUCAAGGAGGAGGGCAGCCGAGAGCCCCAGAUGCACCGCGUGACGCCCUUCCAGCUGUCCUACCGCGCCAGCGGCCUCAAGAAGACGCAGAAGUACCAGUUCUGGGUGAAGGCAGAGACGAGCAUGGGCGAGGGCGACGCGUCCCAGAUGGUCACCGUCACGCCGCGUAACCAGGUUCCGGCGAGGAUCGCGUCCUUCGACGACGAGCACGUGGUGAACUUCCAGCAUGACGCCAAGCUGCCGUGCCAGGCGGUGGGCUUCCCGCAGCCCACCAUCACCUGGCAGGUGGACGGCAAGCCGUUCAAGUCCAACGAGCGCAUGCGCAUCCUGCCAGAGGGCUCCCUGCAGAUCCGCAGUGUGGAGCGCAGCGACCGCGGCGAGUACUCGUGCAUCGCCAAGAACCAGUUCGGCCAGGACACCGUCUCCCACCGGCUCAUCGUGCAGGCGCCGCCCCACCCGCCCGAGGUGCUGCUCAUCGGCUCCUCCAACAACUCGAUCGAGGUGCGCCUCAAGCCGCGUGAGCACGUGUCGGUGCCGUUGUACGGCUUCACGUUGCACUACAAGGCGGCGUUCGACGACUGGAAGACUGUCCAAGUGGCCAAGAAGGCCCGCGCCUUCACUCUGGAGAACCUGUGGUGCGGAACAAAGCACCAGAUCUACGCCACCGCGUUCAACGGGGUCGGCCCCGGCGAGCAGUCUGCCAUCCUGACCACCCGCACCAAGGGCCAGGCGCCCACGCUGCCGGCCGCCGACCGGUUCAUGCGCGUGCUGGCGCGCAGUGUCGAGCUGCACCUUAAGACCUGGGAGAACGGCGGCUGCCCCAUCCUCUACUUCGUGGUGGAGCACAAGAAGCGCUUCGAGACGGAGUGGACGACCGUGUCCAACACGCUGAAGCCCCAGGGCAGCCUCACGGUGCUGGACCUGGAGCCGGCCACGUGGUACGACCUGCGCGUGACAGCGCACAACAACGCCGGCUCCACGCCCGCCGAAUACCUGUUCGCCACGCUCGACGAGGAGGGAGGGACCGUCGGGCCGCCGCUGGUGCGCGCCGCCGACGCCGACUGGUGGGACCGGAUGCCCGGCUGGAUGCCCGACCUCAACAUACUCGUGCCGGCCGCCUGCGGCCUGGUGGUGCUGCUCGUCGGACUCUGCGUGCUUUGCGUCUACCUGAGCUCGCGGCAGCGCGGCGGUGCGCAGCGCUUCAAAGACGACACCCAGUACACCGGCCCGCCGCCGUACCCGAACCGGCUCUACAACGAGGAGCUCGGCUACAUCGCUCCCCCGAACCGCAAGCUGCCGCCCAUCCCCGGCUCCAACUACAGCACCCUCGGCUCGCAGGUCAAGCGCAUGCCCGGAGGAGCAAUGAGCGUCUACGGCCCGAGCAACCCGCGCCACCAGUAUGAGGAGCUUAGCCAGCAGCAGUACCAGGCGGCGUACGGCGCGCCGCCGCCGCCGCCCCACGGAGUCCCCACCAGCCCCAGCACGUACUACAGCGUGGUGGGACCGAACGGCGAGGAGGAGAUCGCCCCGUACGCCACCUUCCACCUGCUGGGCUUCCGUGAGGAGAUGGACCCGUCCGGGCCGGAACAGCCGCCGGCCGGCUUCCAGACGAUGGCCGCCCGUCCGGCGCAGCAGGGCCAGCCGGGCCGGCAGCAGGGCCCGCAGGUCCGCACUCUGCCCCGCAACACGCGCUACAGCCAGCCGGUGAACCCGUUCCCGCCGCCGGCGCACAUGCAGCGCAGCUCGCUGGGCGGCGCCGCCUCCAUGUUCUCGCCCACCUACGACGACCCGGCGCGCUCCGACGACGAGGCCAACUACAACGGCAGCCAGUACAGCGGCGGCGGCCCGUACGCCGCGCUCGACGACACUUCCAGCCGCACGGGCACCGCCCGGCGCAACGACAGCCCGCAGUUUGGAAAGGACGGCAGACCGGCGGACGAGACCCGCAAACUUCUGGACAGCGACAAGGAGCAGAACGAGGCCCGCCGGCCGCACGUGACCGCGCAGAAUGGCCUGGUGCCGUACGACACGGUGAACGUGUGAGCGGCGCGACCCGGCCGCGGCCGUCUCAGCUCGCCCAGCGCUCGGCCCGCGCCCUCCCGCCGGGCCGACGCAGC